AUGGCUUCUGACGUUGGCCAAAUAGCCCAGCUGCUGGCUGCGACCCUUGACCAUACCAAACACAAGGAGGCCGAGGAAGCCCUGAAGCUGGAGGAAAAGAAGCCCCAGUUCUCGCUUCAGCUUCUCAAGAUCGUCGCCGCCGACUUCGAACCCAAGAUCCGUCUCUCCGCAGCUCUUUGUUUCAAGAACUUCAUCCGCCACAAUUACGUCGACGAGGACCGGAACUACAAGCUCCCCAUCGAUGAGGUCAACACUAUCAAGCAGGAGCUCAUUGGGCUCAUGAUCGCAUGCCCGCCCACCAUCCAGACCCAGCUGGGAGAUGCUAUCAGCAUCAUCGCCGACUCUGAUUUCUGGGAUCGGUGGGACACGCUUGUUCAGGACCUCGUUUCGCGAUUCACCCCCGACAACUACAAGGUCAAUAAUGGAGUCUUGGAGGUUGCGCAUUCCAUAUUCGUGCGUUGGCGGCCGCUGUACCGCUCCGACGACCUAUAUGCCGAGAUCAACCAUGUGCUGAACACUUUCGCCGUGCCCUUCCUCGAGCUGUUGAAUGCUACGGACCACCAGAUCGAGGCGAACCAGGGCAACAAGGACAAUCUCAAGGGCUACUUCGACACCAUGAGCCUCCUCAUCAAGGUCUUCUACGAUUUGUCUUGCCAGGAUAUGCCGCCGCAGUUCGAGUCAAAUCUAGAGCAUAUUUCCACGUUGUUCCACAAGUACCUCAGCUAUGAGAACCCCUUACUGGCGACUGACGACGACUCGGAAGCGGGCGUGGUCGACACGGUCAGGGCGGAUAUUUGUGAAGUCUUGGAGCUAUACGUCCAAAAGUUCGACGACGAUUUCGGCAAAUACACCCAAGUCUUCAUCUCCAAGGUGUGGAAUCUGCUCUCGGCAAUCGGGCCCGAGACCAAGUACGAUGGUCUCGUUAGCCGCGCCCUACACUUUCUGACUGCUAUUGCUGGGACGCUGCAGCACUCGGCCGCCUUUAAUGAUGAGAACGUACUCAGUCAGGUUGUGGAGAAGGUGGUACUGCCUAACGUCGCUCUGAGGGAAUCCGACAUUGAGCUUUUCGAGGAUGAGCCUAUCGAGUUCAUUCGACGAGACCUCGAAGGAUCGGAUACAGACUCACGGAGGCGAGCAGCGACAGACUUCUUGAGACAACUCCAAGGUAGAUUCGAGACUCUGGUCACCAAUGUGGCUGGCAGAUACAUCAAUCACUAUUUGGAACAGGGUAAGACGAACUGGAAGGACAAGGACACUGCUAUCUCCCUCUUCCUUUCCAUCGCAGCCAAGGGUGCUGUAACAGCAGCACACGGUGUCAAAACCGUCAAUCCUCUGGUUGACGUCGUCGACUUCUUUCAACAACAUGUUGCGAAUGAUUUAGUCUCCGACGCCGGCGAGCCCAUCGCCAAAGUGGACGCAAUCAAAUACUUGUACACAUUCCGAAGUCAAUUGACCAAGGAGCAGUGGCAGGCUGCUUUCCAGCCCUUAAUUCAGAACAUGCUCUCCUCGAACUACGUCGUAUACACAUACGCAGCCAUUGCUGUCGAGAGACUCUUGUAUCUGACCAACGACGCCGGCGCGCGCAUCUUUGGCCGGGCUGACAUCGAGCCUUUUGCCAAAGACCUCCUUGACCACCUCUUUAAGCUUGUCGAGAAGGAACGCUCCCCAGCCAAGAUGCAGGAGAACGAGUUCCUCAUGCGUUGCAUCAUGCGGGUUCUCAUCGUUAUGAACACUGGUAUCCUGCCAUUCGUGGACAUGGUCCUCGAUCAUUUGGUACGGAUCACGAAUGUCAUCAAGGAGAACCCCAGCAACCCCCGGUUCUAUUAUUUCCACUUCGAGGCUCUGGGCGCUGUUGUUAGCUGCGGCUCGCCCCAAGGCACUUCAAAGCUGGAGGAUCGCCUGUGGGAACCUCUCAACUUGGUCAUCACAGAUGAAGUGAACGAAUUCAUGCCCUAUGUAUUCCAGCUGUUCGCCAAGCUUCUAGAGCUCGAUCCCUCUGGAGCGCUGCCCAACCACUACCAGGCGCUCGUACCACCCUUGAUGAUGCCCGCGACGUGGGAGAGCAGAGGAAAUGUUCCGGCUCUGACGAGACUGUUGGCUGCCAUCAUACCUCGAGCAGCGCAGUCCAUUGCGGCGGAAAACCAAGUGCAACCUAUCCUUGGCAUCUUCCAGGGUCUGCUCCAAGGCAAGAAGACCGAGCAGAAUGCAUUCGAUUUGCUGGAAGCAGUCGUGCUUUCGAUACCCCGCAAUUCGCUUGAGCCGUACUUCAAGGACAUCUUGCAGCUUCUCUUCACCAAGCUUCAAAACAACCCGUCCGACUCGUUCAAGCUGCGAUUCACGCGAUUUUAUCACCUUGUAUCAGCUCGAGUGGAGGCAGGUCUAGGCACUGACUUCUUCGUUAGUCAAGUAGACCUGGUUCAGUACAACCUUUUUGUUCAGAUCUACUUGACCAUCAUCCUGCCCACUUCAGAGCAGCUCGUCCGUCCCGUCGACCGCAAAUCAGCUGUCAUUUCUUUCGCGAAGUCGAUGGGAGACAGUCAAUCCUUUGGGCAACGCUACGUGAAGGGCUGGCGUUUUACGUGUGAGGCUAUGCUGAAGAUGCUCAUGAACCCGCCGAAGGUGACGAUGGGUGCCGGCGAUGAGGUGGUCCACGAGGCGGAUGUGGACGACAUUGGUUUCGGCUUGGGUUUCACGCCGCUCAACACAUGCAAGAAGUCGCCGCGUGAUGACUUCCCCGAGGUUCAGGAAAUACAGCCGUGGGUUCGUCAGUAUUUGACGGAUGCCAACGCGCGACAUAAUGGAGCCAUUGCUGGGUACAUGGAUCGCCUAUCCGAUGAGGGUAAGCAGGCGUUGGCCAUGUAUGUGUCUUGA